AUAACGAGAGCGGUAUCACAUGACGCAAUCUCUCGCCCGCCUUCUUUCUGCUGUCUUUCUCCGCGUUCUUGCCUCCUCCCAGUAUUGAAUCUCCAAUUCUCGCUUCCUUCUACAUUUCCCCCCCAAAAACCGAGAGAAAGUCCAGAAACUCCCUGCCCAUAGUUCUCUCGCUUUACCUAUCAGUCAAAUGCGUCGUGCGGCUCUACACGCUCUCCGUACUGCCCGUCGCGUGCCAGCAGGAUGGAAAGCUGCCGGUAGGAAACCGUGCGCGGUGUCCUUCUCCAGCAGUCCUAAUCUCAGUCUCCGUCCGCCCUCCUUCUCCGCGGGCAGAUAUCCCCCUUUCCUCCCCGCCACAUUACAGUCAUCGAUGCAUCUUCGAAAUUUCUCGCUCGCGGUGAUCUCCACGGUCGUUGCUUCAGGGGCCUGGUAUGCUUACCAAGGCAACAGCGGUGCCCAGCCGUCAGCAGCCUGGAACGUAACAACAUCCGCCUCACCGAUCGGCUCCGUCUCCACUGCGGGCGUCCACGCCGAAGACCGCGCGGAAACCACCCGCCGUGCCCUUCUGGUGGACAACGACCAGUUCUAUACCGCCGAGCUAUCGGGAGAACAGCCUCUCUCCAAGCACACGGACGAUUCCGAUCGCCGAGUUCUCGAAAUGUUGACACCGGAGCAGGCAACCCAGAAACUCCGGAAGAACGAGGAGUCAUAUCUUGUGAAUCGCGGCCAGGGUGUGGUUCGCUAUGAUAUUGUUCAGGUGCCCAGCAACUCCCCUAUCGAGGAUGAUCACGCCGAGAAAGUUGUUGAGGUGCCGUCCUCCGUGGCAGCAGCUCAAGAGGGCCAGGCCAACAGUGAUUGGAUGUUCUGGGGCGUGUUCGAUGGCCACUCUGGCUGGACGACCUCCGCCAAGCUGCGUAACGUGCUCAUCUCAUAUGUUGCUCGGGAGCUGAACUCCACCUAUAAAGCCGCAGCUGCGGAUCCCUCGGUGCUUACUCCUUCGUCUGAAGCGGUGGACGCUGCCAUCAAACAGGGCUUCGUCCGACUGGACAAUGAUAUCGUAUACAACAGUGUCGAUAAGGUGUUGAAGUCCAACUCACGCCGUGUCGCGGCCGAACUGCUGGCUCCGGCUCUUUCUGGUUCUUGUGCGCUACUGGCUUUUUACGACUCUCAGUCUAAGGACUUGAAGGUUGCUGUCGCCGGUGACUCGCGCGCUGUUCUGGGCCGUCGGGGCCCGAAUGGAAAGUGGUCUGCGACAGCGCUUUCCGAAGAUCAAACCGGCGGCACUCCGUCGGAGAUGGAGCGCCUUCGUGCGGAGCAUCCGGGAGAGACCAAUGUUGUACGCAAUGGACGAAUCCUCGGCCAGCUGGAACCCAGCCGAUCCUUUGGCGAUGCUUUUUACAAGUGGAGCAGGGAGACUCAGGAGAAGAUCAAGCGGCAAUUCUUCGGCCGCACGCCCCACCCCAUGCUAAGGACCCCUCCGUAUGUCACCGCAGAGCCUGUGAUUACUACCACCAAGAUCGAGCCCAGCCGGGGUGACUUCCUCGUCCUCGCCACGGACGGUCUCUGGGAGAUGCUAAGCAAUGAGGAAGUUGUUGGUUUGGUGGGAGAGUGGGUUGAACAACAGCAGCAGAAGUCUGGUAGCGGCAAGACUUGGCUGCGCAGCUGGUUUGGAUUCGAAAACAAACAGCUCCCCGUCGAGGCGGUCGCUGAGACUGGCACGGAAGGCCAGCGCCGCCCUAUCCGCCAGCAGCAGUAUGAUAUUUCUGGUGCGGCCAGUCGAUUCACCGUAGAAGAUAACAACGCGGCAACUCAUCUUGUGCGUAAUGCUAUGGGCGGCAAGGAUAAGGAUAUGGUUUGCGCCCUGUUGACGCUUCCAAGCCCCUAUUCUCGGCGUUACCGUGACGACGUCACCGUCGAGGUUAUUUUCUUCGGCGAGGGCCCUGACUCUCGAACUAUCACCGUCAACCAGGAGGCUAGCGCGUCCGAGGAGCCUCCUAAGGCAAAACUGUAGAUUAAGCAGCCACCAUCACGGCAUCUCGUUCUGAGGUUCCAAGGUGCUCUUUCUCCCUUCCAAAAUCAUUGUUCCAGAAAGAUCGGAUAGACCUCGGCUCUUCCUCCAUCCUCUGCCCCUGUUUCUUUCUACUCAAUCCGGUUCUUGUUGCCCUGGAUUUUACAAGGUUUCUAUUCUAGUGAGUUGGAUCUGCAUAGCAGAAUUUAUGUGGCAUUACGUCCCGCGGGCCUGGGAUGACGAAGCUGUUUCAGCUCAUAUGCAAUCAAUCGCAUGAAGAC